CUUGGACACCCUUGGACGGCCAUGGACGACCCUUCUCUGCAACGCCCCCACCCAGAACUUGCUCGCGACAGCCAGCAACACCACACAAACCAGAUGGCAAGCUCCUCUCAGUGAGCAACAAAGCUGUCAGCCACUGGGCUUGCCUACGACGGUUAGGCGACAUCCCUCCUAAUCAUUACGUUUCCCGCGCGCCUGGUUGGCGCCUGUUAUGCCCCUUGGUUCAGUCUUAUGCCGUCGAACAGCCCUCGCUGCGACGUCUCGGUUCGAACUUCACUACACCAUGGCCAACCCGUUGGCCUGGGCAGCCACAAUGCCUUUUGGGGCUGAUGUCCCCACGCCGCACCCCCGGGGUGAGGCCGGCCCGCCGCCAGCCGAUUCGGAAUUGCUCGACCACCAAGCCAGCGAGUUUAUGGGCACUUUCUUCGACCAUCUCAACGCAGACAACAAUAUGCGCGCUUGGUUUGACGAAGGGUUGGGCGGUAUCUUUACGAACCAGUGGCUCAUGGCGCCCCCGCCCGAGGUUGUCGCGCAUCAGGUCACACUCGGCUUCCUCGACAGCCUACAACCGGUCAGCAACGGUCUCGCUGGUCUUUCAGACGCUGCGGUUCGGUCGUCGUUGCCUCCAGUCCCGCCGUCGAACACAAAAGCACGGCCCCUAGCCGAGGAGGUGCAGUUUGGCUCGGAUCCGAAUUUCAACCGGGAGAAGUUCGUCCCGCCGUCCGAAAGCGAGACAUCCCAGGCGAUGUCGGCACAGCAAAUAGCCACACUAGGAUGCCUGCAAAGGAUAUCGGAGGGAGGAAGCGUGGCAGAGAACUCGGAGCAGACAGUCCCAUCACCAAUAGGCCCCCGCGGCGGCGAGAGUGUCGCGACAUCACCACAUCCGGCGCCAGCGGCACCCCCAAGUAAACCGGCGCCCCCGCCGCGGAAGAGGAAGAAACCCGGCGCCGAAGCGGAAGCGGCAGCCACCGGCGCCGGCGACGGCACUAAGAAACGUCGCCAGUCCCCUCGCCAAACGCUUACCGGCGAGCAGAGACGGCAGAACCACGUUAGGAGCGAGCAGAACCGGCGCGACCUCGCCAAGGACUACUACACCGAACUGUUGGAAAUAGUACCCGGCCUCAAGGACCGCGGCUAUACGAGAGCGGUCGCGCUGUCCAAGGUGGCCCAAUUCCUGAUCGAAUUUACUGCUGAAAACCGGAUGUUAAAGGAGCGGCUGAGCAGGACGACGGCGGCGAACGGGACACGUCCGUUUCUUGCAUCAUGAUACAUACCUAAGGAGGACAUUAAAAGUAGUGUAAGCCGUUGCCAACCGCGCGGUGACCAUAGUCAUAGAUGAAAGCGUAACGAAAUUUAGCCGCAUAGCAGCCGGCAAUGAUAAUAAUCGUCACCCUCAGGUAGUACCUCGUCAAAUUCCCUGGCUCAGUUGAAUCGAGUAGUUAUAGUUUCUAAACCUGCAACGGCACCGUUUCCGUG